AUGGAAUAUAAUUUCCUCCUCCUCUCUUGCUUUGAUACUGUCAAUUUCAGUAUCUUUUCUUCUCGAAUAUACAUGUUUUUUUUUUCUUUUUUCUUCUACUCCUUUUCCUUCGCUUGCCCUUCAUUCACUUCUUCUUCUUCUUCUUCUUCUUCUUUAUUACUACCAUACUUUUCUUUUUUUUUUUACCUUUUCUUUCUUUUCCACUCUCCUUUUUCAUUUUCUUUAUCGUUUCUUUGUGUUUUUUUUUUACUUAUUUUCUUUCUUUUCCCUCUCUCUUCCACACCUCUUAGUUGUCUGUCUUUACUUUUCCUCUUUUUUCUUAGUAUUUUCUUUUUCUCUCCGCUUUUCUUUUCACAUCUACAUUUCUAUGUUUUUUCUUUUUUCGUCCUCUCUUUUUUUCGUGGUUUUCCUUUUUUUUUCCGAAUCCUUUUCUGUUUCUUUCUCUUUUCUUCGUUUUUUCCUUUCAUCUUCGUCCUUUUCUUUUGUUUAUUCUUUCUUAAUUCUUAUUUUUCUCAGCUUAUUUCUUUUCUAUAUUUAAUUUUACUUUUCUUUUUCCUAUUUUUUUUUUAUUACUGUGAUUCCUUUUCCCUUCCUCUACUUUUUCUCUUUGAAUUCAUUUUAAUUUCUUCUCUUUUCUUCAGUCAUUCACAUCUCUUCCAAUUCCUUCUUCUCCUCACGUAUUUUAUUUUCUUCUACUUCAGUUAUGUACAACUUUCUACUUCUGACUUUUCUUCGUGUUUUCUCGCUAAAAAAAACUGUUUUACACACAGCAUCACCAAGAUCUUACUUCUUCGUCUUUUUUCUUUUAUAACUUUGUCUAUAUUUUCUUUCCUUUUUUCUCUUUUAUUCUCUGAUGCACCAACACUUUCAUAUUCUUCGCAUAUUUUCUAUCAUCCUGUACUUUUCCUUCCCUUUUACAGUAUGUUUUUUGUUUUCUAUUUAGUUCUUCCUCCAGUUGCUCGUCGCCUUUCUCAACAACGCAACGCAACCACACCAACAAUCCUCUCUUUAAUUAGACGCCGGACACCUGCCGAGGGAUACCUGACAGUGUUCGCCCUUGUGCAAAGAAGUUGA